AUGCGCCAUCACUCUGACUUCUUCGGAAUAAAAGAGGAGCCUGUGAAGUCUCCUACUAGCGUUCUCGCCUGGCUCCAAGCUCAGAUCUCGGCCCUCGCUGACUCCUUGGCUAGUAGCUCUCGUAGAAGGAAGGACGUUUCGCUACCAGUCAAGAAAUCUAGACGCCCUUCUUCUGACGUUCGCUCUCCUCUUCGUAGGCAUUCUUCGCCGAUUGUUGCGGAUUCUGCCGAACGAGGGGUGUCGCGUGAGUCACUCCCCUCCCCUGGCUGCCUCUCCUCCUUGUCCAGGCGCCAGGCAGCUGGCAGGCGCUCCUUGGCUGGCGAUUACUCUUCACCGGACAGGCUCCGUUCUUCUGGCAGACGUACUUCUCCUGUCAAGCACUCGUCCUGGAGUGCGCGCCCUGCAUUGGACAGACGCUCUUUGCAGGAGAGACACCGAUCUUCGACUCCUCCCAGGCGCUCUUCUCCUAACAGGCGCCAAGAGCCUCGCAGGCGCCAUUCGCCUGGUAGGCGCUCUUCGCCUGGCAGCCACUCUCCUCUGGAUAGGCACCAAGAGCCUAGUAGGCGCCUCUCCCCUGUUAGGCGCUCUUCUCCUAACAGGCGCCAAGAGCCUCGGAGGCGCCUUUCGCCUGGUGAGUGCUCUUCGCCUGGUAGGCGUUCUUCGCCUGACAGCCGCUCUCCUCUUGAUAGGCGCCAAGAGCCUCGCAAGCGCCCUACUCCUAGUAGGCGCUCGGCCCCUAGUAGCCGCUCUCCUUGCGACAGGCGCCAUGAGUCUCGCAGGCGCUCUCCGCCCUGUAAGCGCCCUUCUUCUGGAUACGGUUCGCCCCUUGGUAGGAGCCAAGAUCCUCAAGGACGUCCUUAUCAUGAGAGGCGUUCUUCGAGUGAGAGGCGCUCUCCCUCUUACAAGAUAUCUUCUACUUCGAAGCGGGAGUCCUCCCACAGACAGUCCAGGCCUGAUAGACACUCUUCAGUUUCGACUUAUCGAUCCCCUGAUGACUUGGCUUCCCCUGUAAGGCGACAUGCAUCGUUUAGACGCCCUUCUCCUGACAAGACCGCCUCUUCUUCAAAGGACCCUCCUCGUUCUCCGUUACAAGAAGACCAGGAUGGCUCUGACGAAGAAUCUAACAAGACGGCAGCGAUUUCUUCGUAUAAGAAGCUUACGGAGUUAUUGCUCCAGGAAUUCGAAGAUUACCUCAGCCCUGCCGCUCCUCCAUCGCCUCAUUCGUUGUUCUCGACAUCCAAGGCAACGAAAGGAUCCUCCUGUGUCAGGAUGAAACCCAUCUUAUCCAUGAAAAAGAUACUUAGGAGCUUUGGAUCUUGGCUUCUCUCCAAAGAAGAAGUGGGGAGGACGAUGUUUGCAUUCCCACCGUCUAAACUGUCUGGGCAUACUAGUUUUUGGUACGAGACAGGAGAACCCUUGGGUCUGGGUCUCCCAUCUUCGGCCGACUCGGACUUUUCAGCUUUAGUAGAUGCAACCAGGAGAUGGGCACUUAACUCUGCAAAGACUUCUUGGGCCAUGAACGAACUUGACCACAUACUGAAAGGAAUGUUCAAAAUCUACACUGCGUCUUAUCCUGUGUGGAUAAGUCCGUAA